GUUCGUUCAAUGAGAAUUGAUUGUAGCCAUGCAUUGCAGAUUUCAAAAAAAAAAAAAAAAAAGGUUCCCAUGGUAACUGUGGGAGGGGUCCGGUAGGUGGCGCCGGCGCUGUAACAGACUGGCUGAUACAAUGUUGCAUUCUCUGCUCUCAACAAUCUGGCAAUAAUAACACGGAAGCACACGGUCUUUGUUGGCGAGAGGACACACGCAUGCGCUGAGUAGCUUCAUCAACAACUAUUCGUGUUCAAGACGAUUGAUGAUCGUUCUGGAAAGAGAAGAGCGGACUGCGAGUUUUCCAGUAUAAACAGUCUUCCCCAAAGCAGAAGAAAAGCCGCUGUGUUUGCAUUAAUGAAAGAGGGGAGAGUGAGGCCCGUCUCUGAAAUGAAAGAAGAGAUGGAUAUGUGCGCAUCCUCCGCGUCUCUCCUGGAAGAAGAACUCGCCUCUGCUAUCGAGCCUGCAGUGAAAGCGGCUGUGCUGAGCGUCAUGUCUGCAUUAGCAAAGUUCGUGGACAGUAAAUGUGCAGUUUUCCACCUCAGACUGGACGAGAGAGACCACGAAUUCGAAAGCGUGAGAUUGCGAUUGGAAAUAGCGGAGAGCGAGUUGAAAUCGAUGCGGGGCGGAGAAUACACGAGCACUGGCGAUAAAAACUUUACACAAUCUCUCACGAACACCAGUGAACAAUACUGCGGGGUUGGGUUUGAUAUCAUUCAUGUACCCGAGCUGGAGCAGGGAGAGUGCAGUUUGGAGCACACAAGGGCAGCGGAGUGGAGACACGCAGUGGAAGGUCCUGCACAGAGAAAUGCUCUCCCUCAUGCUGAGGAAGGGUCGAAGGCAGAAUCAGCUCCCAUUCAAGAGGAGCUCUUUGCCCAGGAAUGGUGCAGGAGUCCAAAGCAGGCUACAGAGCUGACAUCUAUUGAAGGGAAGGUGGAGGAGGAACCUGCACUAGAUCCUGAGCACAUUAAUGAAGAGAUCCCUGGAAUUGAACCGGUCAUCAUUAAAGAUGAGGUCCUUGAACUUGAAUCUGACCCCAUUGAAGAGGGGGGUUCAGACCACUUUGAAAGAUGGCAGCAAAUUCACACAGGAGAGCAACUGCGUCUCUCUACUUUAUGUGGGAAGAGUCUCAGUACUUCUACAGAUCUGAAAAGACACCACCUAAUUCACACAGGAGAAGGACCCUACUGCUGCACUGAAUGUGGAAAGAGUUUCAGUACCUCUACAGAUCUGAAAAGACACCGUCGCUUUCAUACAGGAGAGAAGCCGUAUUCCUGCAUUCAGUGUGAGAAGAGUUUCAAACAGUUGCACCAUCUUAAAACACACCAGCAAAUUCACUAUCGAAAUAAACUGUUUCAAUGUAAUUUAUGUGAGAAGAGUUUCACUCAGCUAGAAACCCUGACAUUGCAUCAGCAGACUCACACAGGAGGGAAACCUUAUAGCUGCAAUCAGUGUGCGAAAAGUUUUAAACAAUCAUCACAGCUUAAAGCCCACCAGCGCAUUCACACAGGUGAGAAACAGUAUCAAUGUGCUGACUGUGGGAAGAGUUUCAUUCUGUCUGGAGACCUGAAAAGACACCAGCGAAUUCACACAGGAGAGAAACCAUAUAGCUGUGAUCACUGUGGGAAGAGAUUCACCCUCUCAGGAGCACUGACAGUACAUCAACGAAUCCACACAGGAGAAAAACCUUAUAGCUGUGAUCACUGUGGGAAGAGAUUCAAUCAAGCAGGAAAUCUGAUGUCACACCUUCGGGUUCACGCAGGGGAGCCGUCGACACUGCGCUCAAUAAGAGAGAUUUUAUUGUCCACUCCCAGUUGAAAAAGCUCACAGUAUCCAGACACUUCACUAGGAGCAGCAGCACUGUACCUUCAUCACAAGAGGACUCAGUCUAGUGGAAGCGAAGAGUAUAUAAGACCCUGAGAUGCAACUGGAGUUCUCCAUCCCUUUGUCAAAAUGAACUUGUCUUCUGAUCCCUGAUUGUCUGAGUUAUUAAAAUGUAAAUCCUGCGAAUCCUGAUUUUUUGCAUUGAUGUGUUGUUAAGUUUCAUGAAUACAAGCUUCAUUUAGUUAAUACUUUUAGCCUGUCUGUCACAUUCUUGUCCUUCAGCACUGCAGAGAUCAAAAAGGUCAAUUGCAGAAUUAAAAGUCCCAUUAAAUACUUUUUUUUUUUUUUUAUUGUGGUGUUCCUGAACGAAUAGCUAAUCAUGUCCUUGUUAUUAAUUGGCAAAGGUUUUAAUGUUCAAUCGAUCUCAUGAGUGCUGUGGUCCAACCAUUUUGUUUAGGAAUAUAUAGUGACUUGCGCUGCGGCUUUUAUAACGUAGUUUUUCACACUCGGGCCCCUUGCUCACUAAAUAUCUUGGAACCCCUGAAUAGAUCAUUUCUAGCAAUGCAGAAUGACUAUGUGGGACAAUUGAUCUUCAUUUUACCCCAAAACAUGUUACUGUAAUGGAGACAGCCAAAAAUAACAUCUUGCAGAACUCCUUAUAUUGAAGAAAUUGUUAUCUGUAAUCACUGUAUAAUGUAUAUAAAUACAUAUAUU